CAGCGUAACUAAGAUGCGACGAGCUGUUUCUUUUUUAUCUAUCUAUCUAGCUGACUAGCUGUUUAGUCACCGAGGUAACAGUAUCUCGAGUUAUUGUUUGGUUGUGCGUGACAGCCGCCCUGCGAUCUGCUCGUACAUUUUUAAACAGCCACCACGUCGUUGCUUGCAGUUAAAAGCUGCAGUAAUCGGAGCACAAUAAUGGAGCUCCUUCCUGUGCUUGAACCGGAAGACGAACCACGAGAGGGUGUAUGGUACGCCCUGAUCCCCAGGGGAGGGGGUCCCGGAGUCAGCGUGGGCCACACGUGUACUUACAUCCCAAGCAGUGACGAUGGAAAGGGAAAGAUCCUCAUCGUCGGAGGGGCAAAUCCCAAUGGCAGUUUUUCAGAUUGCCAUGUCAUAGACCUUGACCGCCACGAGUGGGACGCGCCCGAGUGGGACGGGCUGUCUGCGCGCUACGAGCACUGCAGCUUCGUGCCUGCGAGCAGCCCGCGCAGCCUAUGCGUGUUUGCCGGGGCUCAGCAGAGCGGCAACCGCAACAGCAUCCAGUCCAUAAACGUGGAAGAAGCGACGUCGUGGAGAAACGUGCCAGUGACAGGGAUCCCCCCAUCAUCCAGGACCUACCACACCAACUCCUCCUGCGCAGGCGACAAGCUCUUCGUCUUUUCUGGGGGGGAAGCUGGAGCCGCCCCCGUGAAUGAUCCCCAGCUUCAUGUCUUUGACGCAGGGUCCUCGACCUGGUCUCAGUCAGAGACCCACGGGAGAGCCCCGUCCGCAAGGCACGGUCACGCUGUGGUCACCGUCGGCUCCAAGCUUUACGUUCAUGGAGGGCUGUCGGGGGACAAGUUCCACAGUGACAUGUUCUCCCUAGACACACAGGGCACCACUGAGCCACACGUGCAUUCUGCCAACCCUGCAGUGACCAUGACGUGGGAGCGUGUGAGAACCAGAGGUGACGCCCCCCCAGCCGUGGCUUCCCAUUCAGCUGUGGCCGUCGGGAAGAACAUCUACGUGUUUGGGGGCAUGACGCCAGCCGGAGCCACGAACUCCAUGUACAGGUUCCACACCGACAGGCAGCGCUGGGCCCUGAUGAAAUUCAGGGGGCACCUCCCCCCAAACCGACUGGACCACUCGAUGUGCGUGGUGCCCUGGCACCUCCGAGCUGAGUCCAGCGGCGGGGAGAAGCCAGCUGGGACUCCUAAACCGGACACAGUGCACCUGUGCUUUGCCUUUGGCGGUAUGGACACGCAGGGCGUGAUCCACAGCGACUGUGUGGUUACUGUGCUGAUGUGAGGCAGAUCCCUGAAAGAAAAACACUGAAUAAAAAGCUUUUUUUUUUUUUUUUACCUUU